AUGCUUCAUGAAGGCCCCCAAUCUCCACCUUCUUCCGUGAAAAGAUCACCUGUUAUGCACUACCCUCUACCGAGCGACGAUCCGCGUGUUGAGCUCGCUGCCGUCGAGGCCGAAGUCACCAAGGUGUCCAUGGUGCUCGCCGCCCUCGUGCACAAGACGCACAUGCUGAAAGAACGCAUUAACCAUCUUCACUCUCCCAUCCUUCGUAUUCUGCCCCCCGGAGCUGCUCUCGAAGAUAUUCCAGUUCUGUAUCCCACCAUUCACGCUCACCUGGAGGAGGAUUGCGUGGAGUACGCCGUCCCUUUGGAAGACGUUGAUCCUCAACAUGAACACACGGACGAUAAACGCGCAAAUGGUCCUGUUGGAAGAAUGGCUGGCGCGUUCAGGAGGUCUCCCACUGUCAAUCAGACUCCAUUCCUGCGAAGACAACCAUUGGGCCCCACCUUCAACUCCAGGAUCUGCAAUCGAGAUAAUUAA